CUACAAUCUGCAACUCAUGGUAUGAACAGCGUUUGAUAGUUGAACAGAAACUUGGAUUGUCCAAAACUUUGCAGUGUGGUUAUGAAAUCUUUCAAAGCAGUCUGGGAUGAGACCCAACAGAACUUUGAGAGGAACCUGAAUUGGGUGGAGACAUGAAAUAAAUGAUGAGUCACAACAGAAAAGACAGAGUGAGAAAACAUGUCUCUCAGGAGAGGCAAAGCCCCAUGGCAUCAGAGGAGAAUGCAGGCAAACCAGCAGGACAAGUUGGAGCAGCAGAACAUUGCUGCCCGGACAAACACAAGAUGGAGGAGCAGCCAGAGGAGAAGCCAGAGUCUCCUGGAUCUCCUGACUCCAUAAAAAGUGAAGGCUCACUGGACUUGCUGAUCAACUUCAAUCAAGAAGGAUGUGAAGAACUCCCAAAAAGGGAGAUGAGGCUGGAGAGAGCGCAGUCUCCGACUCUAAGUUAUCUUUCAAUGAGAACUGAUCGCUCCAUAGAACCACCACCUAAUCUUGACAUUUCCUCCAUUCAGAGGUUAACAAAACAAGACGGAUCAGAACUUUCCACACGAGAAGCACAUGCAGAAAUGGCUGCAGAUGUUUCCCAGUUUCCUCAGAGAAUUGAAGACUGGACUACUGAGGAGGUGCGAGAUUGGCUGACGAAAAUACUUAGAGUCCCUGAAUCGGUUUCCAAGAAGCUUUACGACCAAGACGUAUCAGGAGGGUGUCUGGUUUGCUUCGAUAAAAAGGACUUAAUAGAUCUAGGUUUAACAAUAGGGCCUGUUGUUCAAAUCAUAAAAAUGGUAGACAAGCUAAGAAAAAACACAAGUACAAGUUCUCGAGCCAGUUUCUUUGCUAAAAAAGAGGAGCAAGAAGCAAAGUUGCAAGAAGUCGAUGUUGGAAAAUAUGAGCGAACACAGGAGAUAGACACAGUGAAAUCAGACUCAGAAAGUCUAAUGGCCGCUUCUUGGAUGCCGUUGGAGAGAAUGGAUGUGAACACUACAGACACAGUGACACCAGAGAAAAGAAUAUGUGUGCCUCGGCUCUUUGAUAAAAAGGACCCCUCAUUCAUGUACACACAGAAUAAUAUCCUUCCACUUGCUGUUGGUCCAAGCGAUCUCAUAGAACCUGUACAUGAAUACAAGCUGCUACUUGGUAACAUGGAAGAGGUCAGUGAGAGAGAGAUCCUUUACGAGUUUUGUAAUGAGGCGGUUUGUUUUGCAGCAAGCUGCAUGAAUUCUCGCACCAAUGGAACCAUCCAUUUUGGCGUCAAUGGUGCCCCAGAGAACACACACGGGCAGAUUGUUGGUCAAAAGGUGUCCUCUUUUAACGACUAUAUAAUUGAGUUUGAGAUGCGCCUGGACCAACACUUUAAAGAGAACAAAAGAAUUGCUAAAGCAUGUGUCCGCCCCCCACAGUUCUUCCAAGUUCAAAACAUAGACGGCACAACUUCUGGCAAAUACGUGAUUGAGGUCGAUGUUAUCCCCACAUAUUUUGAGACUCAGGAGAUGUUGUUCUAUACAUAUUUAUCCACAUCACCAAAGGGACAACAUGUGGGCUGCAACACUGAAUGCCUUUUUGUACGGCAAGGUACCAGGAGCAUGAACAUUCUAGAAGACCUCAAUCAAAAAAAAAUGCGGGAGCACGUAAGAGUUAUAACCGAAGAAGUGAAAAAUUGGGCCUCGACUCGCAAGGAGAUGGAGAAGAACUGUCACACACCCAAACCAGGGAAACAAGGCCAUAAGCUUAAACAACUGAUAACUCAUGGGAGAGCCACACUUGAAAAUUCACUGUAUGUUAUCCUAGUCACAAACAAGUGCCACCCUAGUCAGCUUGAGCAUUUACAUUUUUUGAAAGAGAUGAAGUUGUUUGCCGUGCUCGAGUUUGACCCUGAAUCAGACAAAUCUGGGACAUGCGGUUUCUACAGAAAGGAUCGUAUUGCGAAUCUACACUAUCCUCGAAUGUACAACACCCAAGAGAACGUCUCCAAUCUCAUUGCAAAGCUUAACUUGUUCAAGCAGACAAGCUGGGUAUUUUGUAACGGACGGGCAAAUGAGCAAGACGAACAAGACAUGCCAUUCUCUCCCAGUGACUGGUUGAAGAAACGCGCAGGAGAAGUUAGCGACAUGGUUUCGAUCCUCUGCAAUCCGGAUGUGUUGCCAAAAGAUCGUUUACUGAUGGUCUUCCUUCUUCACUCAGUGGAGACCGAUGUCUCAAGUCCCAUCAUGGAGACCUUCUGUGCUAUAUAUCGCAACCUAGAAGGAGAGGAUAACAUGGUCUGCCUAUGCAAAGACUCCACUGUGUUUAGUCAAUGGAAAGAACUGAUCAACAGUCGCUGCAAAGUGGACAUCACUCAUAAAUGCAUCUACGAACUGAGUCUGAAUGAGAUUGACAGCACGAUAAGAAAACUGAAAGAACCUCGCACCCAGUCUUCCUGCAGGUACCUGCCAUCCAUUGGCUCCAGCUCAGUCCUCCUCACAAAGAAAGAUGAGGAGCUGAUGACUGACCUCAAUAUCCUGUGUGAGAACGAAUGUGAGGACUCAGAAAUUGAGACAGCCGAGUCUUUCAAAGACUUUACGACAAAAACGGAGGAAGACUUUUACCGGGGUGGUCAGGUGACUUGGUGGAACUUCUACCUGUCUGAGAGACCAGGCUGUCUUCCAUUCAUCAAACGAAACUGUUUUGAAGAUCUUCAAAACUUGAUCACAGAGAGCUCCACAUUUUCAUGCGUCAUUAUCAACUUGUUCCACCAUCCAGGCUGUGGAGGAACAACAAUGGCAAUGCAUGUCCUGUGGAGCCUCAGACGGAAAUUUCGAUGUACUGUUUUGAAAAACAACAUAGCUCAUAACAGUGACAUCGCAGUCCAAGUCUUGCACCUGCUGACCUGUGGCAGAGAGGAGCAGUCAAACUACACACCUGUUCUUCUCCUGGUAGACAACUGGGUGGAUGUUGAAGACCUUCAGCGAUGCAUUCUGAAUGGGGCAAGAGAGAAAAAAAGGCAGGAGGGUGUACUGGUCGUCAUUCUGAACUGUGAGAGAACACAGUUCCCAGAUGAACUCUCCGGGAAUAGCAGAAUUGACAAUGUAUUCAUCACCAACAAACUAUCCCCCAAAGAGAAAAAAUUCUUUAAUGAGAAAUUGAAAGACCUUAAGGACAACCAUGAGAAACCUGAAACCUUCUAUGCUUUUAUGAUCAUGACAAACAAUUUCAGUGAGGAAUACAUUGAGAAUCUGGUGUGCAACACCCUUAAGGAUCUGGAUACCUCCAGCAAACAGGGACGACUUAUUUCUUUCUUGGCAAUACUGAACACAUAUGUGAAUGGUUCAUGUAUGUCCCUUUCUCUGUGUGAAGAGUUAGUGGGGAUAAGGAAUGCCUUAUGGGAAAGAGAGACACUAGAAGACAAGAUGAACCCGUACUCCACUCUGCUAAUCCACUUCUCUGUUGAAGAACAUGGCACUUAUCAAGCUGUACGGUUUCUACACCAAAUGAUUGCCAGUAAUUGCCUUAAAGUCUUAACCAAGAAGCACAACCUAUUUCGAGGAGAAAUAACAACAAAUCUGUUGCAUUGUGACUUGCUUUACAAGUCUUGCAUGGGGAAAGACAUCCUGGUUCAAAACAUCCAAAGUAUGCUGAUAACACGACAUCGGAAAGAACUUGGAAAUGACAAAGACACUCUGUUUUCUCCUUUGAUUGAGGAUAUACAUAACGGUCAGGGAACUGAACAAAUCAAGCAGGUAUUGAUAAAGGCAACAGAUAGAUUUGACAAAAAUGCAACAGUGCCUCAAGCUUUGGCAAGACAUUUCUAUCUGAAAGAGAAGGACUUUAAAUCUGCCUUGCUUUGGGCUAAAGACGCACAGCAGAAGAAGUACAAUUCCUACAUUGCGGACACACUUGGACAGGUGCAUAAAAGCAGCAUGAAACAUGAACUUACUCAAGAUCUCACCCCAGAGAUGUUAGACAGAUGCCUUGAGUCAGCAUCCAAUGCCAUAAAAGCAUUCAGAGAUUCUCAAGAUCUCGCAAGAAAAGAUGAACAACCGGAUCCCUUUGACCAGCGCAAUAGAAAAAGACAAAAAACCUACAACACAUCAGGCUAUGUAGGUGAGAUGGAGGUAACAAUGAUGAUUUUCAAUGUCAUCAAAUACAUUCCUUUUUUCAAUGAAAGUCCUUACCAGAAGGACAGAAUGUUGCAGUUCCUCAGCGGCCAACUGUCCACAAAAGAUUUACACAUUGGAAGCACCCAAUUCAAUUCUGAGUAUAUUGCUAUCCUAGCAGACCAUGAGAGAUUCUUAGUGUCUUUGAGGCCACGACUAAAGGAGAGCUUCACUUUCUUUGAGAGCUACUUUACUUAUCUAAAACCCAAGUCCAUUGAGAGGGAAUCGUUAGAUGACAAAAACAAAAGAAAAGUGUCUGAUUACUUCAGUAAAUACAUGCAGAUCUUCUGUGCCAAGGAAGAGAAAGACACAGAAAAAGCUAGUAAACCACACCUGAGUGUGACCCAGGAAGUUAAGGACCAGCGACGCUACUUAGAGGAAAAAAGAGCAGAUUCAUUUGCCGGGCUCCUUCAAUGUUUGACUGAGAAGAACCGAAAUCAAAUGGAGUUCAUUCUUAAGAAAUGGCAGUUCAUAGUUGAUAAUUCAGUUCGGAAAUUAUUGUCUGACAGAAUACAUUAUAUCCUGGCAAACAUUGUUCUUCACUCGAUGAAAUCAAGUUCAGGGUUACUGAAAAAGUAUGAAGACUUGGUGUCCUUGCUCAAUGAGAUGCUGCAAGACGAAGGAACCCAUUCAAACUGCACAGAGCUGUACUAUCUCUCCAUGUUGCUGAUGUGGCCGAAUAACGACAAUGUGCUCAAGAACACGACAACUUUCAAAAACAUCGGCACAUAUGUCACGGCAUCCAAGAAGUCCUUCAAUCGUCGUUUUUCUCACUUGUUUCCAGCAAGGUCUGCAAUAUCACAUUUCUACCUCGGAAACUCCCAUGGUCUGAAGAGAAUAAUAAGCAAAGCAAAAAUCGAACAGGCUCUGAAACCAUCUCCAAAGUCUUCUAAAGACCGACUCUGGCAGACUGGGCUAAUAUGGAAGGAGACGGAAGUUAAGAAACUCCUGUUACGUGUGAAAGGGAAAACAGAAAAUGGGGAAAUCCAUCAUUUUUGUGGAAAUGUCAAAAUCCUGGUGCGUCCAGUGUACCUUGGAGGGGUGCGUCCUGGGUGUAGUGUGGAGGAAGUCUCCUUCUAUAUAGGAUUCAGCAUGGAAGGACCUGUCGCCUACGACCUCCAGUAUGUUAAUGACCCGUAAACAGCAGUGAUAGAUUUUCAAGUGUAAAAACAAAAGAGCAACAGUUGGAAGGAACAAUGAAGGAUAUGAUAAGAUAGAGAACAAAAAAAGAGUAGUGUUACUUUAUUGAUUUGGGUGGUGUACACACACACACAAUUUGUUGUUAUUUACCACAAUGACAAAGACCAAUACGUUCUUUUUGUGUUUUUAUUUAUUAUAAUUUUUUUAACUGUAGUUCCUACUAAUGAGAUGGUACUUCACUGAGAAUAAUGUCAUUACGUUUAUGUAAUCUAAAUGUAUAUUCAACAAAUACAAUUUCAUGCAUGUGUUUGAGGGAAAACAUUAAGUAAUUGUUAUAUUGUUCUAAUUUACCAACAUGCGCAGUUGCUAGAAUGUUACAGAUUUGCACCAGUUCUGCAUUCAUAUUUUACAUUGUUAUGAAAACAUUAACAUUUUCAAAUUAAUGUGAAAAAGAAAUGAAAAUGUGUAAGAUAUAUUGUUGUAUGUUCUAUCGCGGUUUGUUGUACUCUAAUGAUGAAUUUUUAAUUUUUAAGAUAUUAAUUGUGAUCAUUUUUUGAAAGCAAAAAAAAUAAAAAUCACUAGGCUACCCUUUGCACCCCCAGUUGUAAAACCUAGAAUCACCUCUGGAUAAAUGCAUACAUUGUGGAUUAUUUGAUCGUUUAUUUGUAAAAUAAACAUGUAUAAUAUAUCCUCCAUUUCUUGACAGACCAUUUCUCACAAAUGUAUUGUAUAUAACACACAUCUAAUGCAGAAGUUUUUUAGCCGUCCUAUCAAACAAAGCCUAAACCAAUUAUUUAUUUUUUUACCCGGUAUGCAACCGCUUCACAAAGAGCUAGACUGAGGGCAAAGAGUACAGAAGAACUGGAUUUUUAGGGGACCAUCAGCUAAGACUUCCGCCUGGACUCAGGCUGUAUACCCUCAGGAACGAACCCCACUUCCCCGCGUUGGCUGGAACGCUGCUACUCUCACAUUUAAUCGUCUCACACGUUCAAGUCUCA